GAUUCUGCCCCUCCAUGACAUCCAACGGGACUGAGUGAGUGCGCGCACACGAAGAGAGCCGCGAAAUACAUGAUCCUCCUCCAGAUCCCGCUCCACAGCACGUUAUAACGCUUCAUUAGGCGUCAAACAGGCACGCACACACACACGCGCGCACACAGACGGUCGAGAUGAGGAUGAAGAAGAGCGCGCACGCGGAUGAGGAGAAGCGCGCUCCCUUCAGGAACCCGUUCGUGCACGAGCUGCGCUUCACGGCUGCGCAGAAGCUGCAGAUCGGCCUGAUGACGCUGACGCUGUUCCCCCUCCGCCUCUUCAUUGCCGCCUUCAUGAUGCUGCUGGCCUGGCCCUUCGCCUUCAUCGCCACUGUGGGGCGCUCCGAGAACACUGUGGAGACACAGAGACUAUGGAGGAGGCUGGUGGAUGUGGCUCUGCGCACCAUCAUGCGGGUCAUGUGGUUUGCUGGUGGUUUCCACUGGAUCAGCAUUAAAGGCAGGCCGGCUCCGCCCACUGAAGCCUCCAUCCUCACCCUCGGCCCGCACUCCUCCUACUUUGACGCCAUUCCCGUCACCAUGACGAUGGCAUCCAUCGUGAUGAAGGCCGAGAGCAAAGACAUCCCGCUGUGGGGCACGCUGAUCAAAUACAUCCGGCCGGUGUUUGUGUCUCGAUCAGACCAGGACUCCAGACGCAAAACAGUGGAGGAGAUCAAGAGGAGAGCGCAUUCUGGAGGAGCCUGGCCACAGAUCAUGAUAUUUCCAGAAGGGACGUGCACCAAUAGAUCCUGCCUGAUCACGUUCAAACCAGGAGCUUUUAUUCCAGCAGUUCCUGUUCAGCCGGUCGUGAUCCGCUACCCAAACCAGCUGGACUCCAUCACCUGGACAUGGCAGGGCCCCGGAGCGUUUAAGAUCCUGUGGUUGACUCUCUGUCAGCUUCACAAUAAGUUCGAGAUCGAGUAUCUGCCCACUUACUCACCCUCAGAGGAGGAGAAGAAGAACCCAGCGCUCUUCGCUCACAAUGUGCGCCGCCUGAUGGCCAAAGCGCUGCAGGUCCCCAUCACAGAUUACUCCUUCGAGGACUGUCAGCUGGCGAUGGCAGAGGGGCAGAUCCGGCUGCCCGUACACACCUGCCUGUUGGAGUUUGCUAAACUGGUGCGCAGUCUGGGACUGAAGCGACAGGACUCGGAGCGGCUCCUGCGGGAUUAUGGGAGCAGAGCUGUGAAACUGCAGGGCGAGAGACUCAGUCUGGAGGGAUUCGCUCAGUUCUUGGACCUGCCCCAGUCUGAGAUGCUUAGAGACAUGUUCACACUGUUCGACGAGAAUGAAGAUGGCUCGAUUGACGUCCGGGAGUUCGUGAUCGCUUUCUCUGUGGUGUGUCGACCUGCUAAAACUCUGGACACCAUCAGGCUGGCCUUCAGGCUGUUCGAGGCGGAUGAGGACGGAGCGAUCACAGAGAAUGAGCUGAUGUGUGUGUUGCGGAUGGCUCUGGGUGUUGCGGAGCUCAAAGUCAGCCGGCUGUUCAGAGCCAUCGAUGAGCAGGACACAGGGAAAAUCACAUUCGAGUGUUUCAGGGAGUUUGUGGAUCAUCAUCCAGAUUUCGCAGAGCAGUUUCUGUACUCAGAGAACACAGGCUUCGGCAGCAGCUCCCCGACUCACGCCAACGGCUUCUGUGCAGACUUCAGUCCCAGUGAACAACAACAACACAAACAGCAACACAAACAGCUCCAGCAGCAGCAGCAGCGGCGGCAGAAACAGCACUGAGCACGCUCUCCUCCUCCUCCUGCAGCAUUUCACACCCGCCACGCUUUUAUUCUUUUAAGAGCAAAUUCAAGGGAUUUUCUUUUGCUAAAACAAAUACUUGAAAGCCGAGCACUUGUUUGUUUUGUCAUCGGUUGAUUUAUCUGUGUGCAUGUUCCUGAAGGCGGCGCACACGCGGAUCUGCGCAGUUUCUGCUGUUCUGCGGGUCUGCAGAUGCUCAGUCAGUGUUUGCAUGGCAGUAUUCCUCCGUGUGUGUGCGUGCGUGUGUGUGUGUGUGUGUGUGUGUGUGUGUUUGGAGCGCUGGUGACUGAUCUGUGAGCUCUGUCUCCUCCUGCUGGACAAGCUGCGGGUCUGAGGCGCAACACACACACACUGAAGUGCAGCUUUUACUGUGCAGCGAUUCGGCCCACAACUCAGGCUGCAGGGAAACGGCUUCAGCUUUCUGUAAAGUGUGUGUGUGUGUGUGUGUGCGUGUGUGUGCUUUUGUGCAUGCAAGUGUGUGUGUGUGUGUGUGUAUGUGUUUUUCAUGUGUGUGUUCUCCUUUCAUACGGUCCAUUAUUAUUCAUAACCGUCCAACAACCAGUUGAUGAUCAAUCAGAGGGGUUUAUGGGUCGUCAUUGGGUUGUUUUAUUUGAUUUUCUUCAGGUACUGAAAUAACAACUGCGUUUAAAAAGGACCAAAUCCAGAAUAAAGACUGUGGUGACGUUAGAGAAUCAGGAAUCUGAAGCGUGACAUUCAGACUUCUCCUCAAUCGUAGAGCGUUUACCUUUUGAUAAACACACAUAUUCCUGUAUUUUUCUAUUUUUGACUCCAGCGAUUCGGCCAAUCACAGCGUCUCCUUUCUAGUGUUUUAGCGUAGCGCUCUAGCCGUCCUUUUGGUUUGCGUUUGACAUCAAGUCUUCCUUUCUGCAGUUUUGGUGAACAAUCGUCCCGUAUUAUUGUCAGUUCUCCUGAAUUCAGAUUGAGAAUAACUCCACUGCCGGAUGUUUACCAGUUACAGAUAUAUUUAUUCAGGUUUUGAACCACAUCGUGAGGCCGAGACGCAGUCAUUUUCUUAUGUUUCGGUCUCAAAAAAAUUAGAUUUAAGAUUUUAUUUUGCUAAAAAAUGCUGUUAUUAUUGAUGACGGUGGUUUUUCUAUGUUUUCUAUCAGUUUACAGUCAGUCAGUUUAGCGUUAUCAAAGUUAUCAGACUGUGUUUAUCAUCAGCUGAUCCUGCGUCAGUCAGUCUGAGCCGCUCCUCACUCUUCAGUUGUCCACUAUAAUCCUCCUCAACUCAACAUUUCAGCCAAGCAAUAUUUCAGCAACGUCGCCACCUUUGUAAAGCUAUUUCUGAUAUGUAUUUUGAAUAUUCCGAGUGCGGGGCAUUUUGUGAAUUUUGAUAUACAUAAAAGAAUCUCACUGCCGUGACAGAUCUGAGAUCAGACUGAGGAUGAUAACUAGUCUUUCUGCAUUAUUACUGUUAGCGCUACAGAGCGACUGCGAUCUCCUCCAGAUUGCUGGUCUUGUAUAUGUGCUCAUCGGCCGGAUCUUCAGUCUCUCUGAGCGCAUGAAGGCCGAGUCUCGCUGUCUGACUCUACUUUCAGUCUGACUCUUCUAUUGUUUUCUUUUGUUUAGUGAGUUCCGUCUGUGCUCUGACAGCCGGCUGCUUAGACUGAGCAGAGGGGGAUUGUGGGAUUGCUUUGGAACUGAUUGUCUGUGUUUAUAGAGGAGAAUCUCAUGAAAACACUCUGUCUUGUUUACACUCACAUGACAAAAAUACUAUAGUAGUUUAUCAUAAAUACUGUAGUGUUUCUGAACCAUAAUAUAGUAAAGUACUUGAAUUAAUCUGCAGUGAUUCUACAGUUGCUAUGGUAACACAAGAACCAUAGUUACUGAUCUGUUGUGGUGAUUCUACAGUUGCUAUGGUAACACAACAACUAUAGUUACUGAUCUGUUGUGGUGAUUCUACAGUUGCUAUGGUAACACAACAACUAUAGUAACUGAUCUGUUGUGGUGAUUCUACAGUUGCUAUGGUAACACAACAUCUAAAGUAACUGAUCUGAUGUAAUUAUUCAGUUGCUAUGGUAACACAACAACUAUAGUAAAUCAUCUGUUGUUGCAAUUCUACAGUUGCUAUGGUAACACAACAACUAUAGUAACUGAUCUGUUGUGGUGAUUCUACAGUUGCUAUGGUAACACAACAACUAUAGUAAUAUAAACAAAUGACCCAAUACUGUAGUUUUCUACAGCUGUAGGGUAUAUUACACUGCAAUACUCCACAGUUUACUGUAGUAAAAACUUAAGUAUACUACAGUAUGCAUCACAGUUAAUCAGUUCUCUAUAGUUAACUCUACAGCGUGCUGCAACAUUCAUUAAUAGUAUUGUAAAUACUAUAAUAUAUACAGUAUAACAUACUCUACUAUAGUAUGGUUCAAAAACACUAACAGCAUUUACUAUACAUUACUACAGUAUUUUCUCAUGUGGGCAUUGGUUACUGUAAAAAACAAUGAAAUAAUUAAUUAAAAUAAUGCAAGUUCAUUUGAAUUUGGUUAGCCAGAUCAGUAUUUUACAAUUUAAAUAUUAUAUUGUUGUGUACGUUGCCUUCAAAAUAAUCAUUUCAGUUAGCUAAAGGGGUAGUUCAUCCAAAAAUUACAACUCGCUUAAAGGUAUUUACCCUCCCUCAAGCAUUCCCGAGCCUUUAUGAGUUUCUUUCAGCUGUUCAAUACAAAGGAAGAUGUUUUGAAGAAUGCUGAAAUCCAUUGACUUCCAAAGUAGGAAAAAGCAAUGGUUAGCGGUUUUCAGCAUUCUUCCCAAUAUAUUCUUUUGUGUUUAUCAGAAAUAAGAACUCAUGAAGGGAGUAAAAGCUUUUCAUUGUUGGGUGAACUGUCCUUUUAACAGAAUUAGUUUACAAUGUAUAACUCCAUAUAAUCUCUAUUUUUAUUUGGAGAAAAUGCAGACAAACUCAAAAGUUAGGUCACAUUUCUUCUCUCAUAAGAAUGAACCCAGUUGCUGCAUUCGUCUUAACUUUGUCUAGAAUACAGGUGAAGUCAAAAUUAUUAAUAUCCAUUAUGUCAUUUGUUUUUGCAAAUAUUUCCCUGAUGAUGUUUCUCAGAUUCAGGAGUUUCUCACAGUAUUUCCUCUAAUAUUUGUUCUUCUGGAGAAAGUCUUAUUUGUUUUAUUUCAGCUAGAAUAAAAGCAGUUUUUAAUAGUUUUAAAGCCAUUUUAAGCUCAAUAUUAUUAGCUCCUUCAGCAAUAUUAGUGUUGGAUUGUCUCCAGAAUAAACCACUGUUAUACAAUGACUUGCCUAAUUACCCUAACUUUACCCUAAUUACCCUAGUGAAGCCUUUAAAUGUCACUUUAAGCUGAAUACUGGUGUCUUGAAGAAUAUCUAGUCUAAUAUUAUGUCCUGUCAUCAUGAUAUAGACAAUAGACAUCAGUUAUUAGAGAUGAGUUAUUAACACUGUUAUGAUUAGAGAUGUGUUCACUGAUAAACAGAAAUUGGAGAAAAUAUAAAAGAAUUCCAGUUUAACAGGAGGGUGAAUAAUUCUGACUUCAGCUGUAUGUGUAAAUGGUUACAGUAAGAGCGUCCAGUAAACGUGUCGGACUGAUGAAUGAGUUCCUCUCUCAGUGAUGUUGAUCUGAACUCCUCUGUGUUUCUCUGCUGUUCUGUGUGUCGAGCUCAAGAAGAAAAGCCCAUUCUGGCUCUUUCUGACGGCUCUUCUGACACGUCCGGCUCUGUUUUCUGUUCUCUGACUUUAUUUUCUGAUGUUUUCGAGAGUCGUGUGUACAGAUGACCUGGUCUGGUCUGGUCUGCUGUGAAAUGACUGUCAUACUGACUCUUGAAGAAUAAAAAGGGACAUUUGAGCACGA